AUGGCGGCUCCUGGAGGACCAGAGUUCAAGCUCGUGCUCUGCGGUGAUGGUGGUGUUGGAAAGACGACCCUGGUCAAGCGCCACCUGACAGGCGAGUUCGAGAAGAAGUACAUUCCAACCCUAGGUGUCGAGGUGCACCCACUGCGAUUCACCACGAAUUGUGGGCCGCUGACCUUCAACGUUUGGGACACUGCCGGCCAGGAGAAGUUCGGCGGUCUGCGUGAUGGCUACUACAUUCAGGGUCAAUGUGCCAUCAUCAUGUUCGACGUGACGUCCCGCAUCACAUACAAGAACGUGCCCAAUUGGCAUCGCGACAUUGUGCGGGUGUGCGAGAACAUUCCCAUCGUCCUUGUUGGGAACAAGGUUGAUGUGAAGGACCGCCAGGUUAAGGCAAAGAACAUCCAGUUCCACCGAAAGAGGAACCUGCAGUACUAUGACCUCAGCGCCCGGAGCAACUACAACUUCGAGAAGCCCUUCCUCUGGCUGGCCCGACGAUUGACGAACCAGGGCAACCUCCAGUUCGUUGGACAGUUCGCCAAGGCUCCAGAGAUCCAGAUCGACAACGCCCUCAUCGCGCAGCACGAGGAGGAGCUCCGAAAUGCGCAGAAUGUGGCCAUCAACGACGACGAUGAGGUGCUUUGCAUCCUCAGCUCUCUGGAAGCCGAAGAGGUUCAGCAGACGACGAUUUGCUACAACUCGGCCCUCUCUGCGUUGCUUCGGGCUGGCCUCUGGCAGCUUUGCCUGGAGCUGCUGUCGGUUCUAGAGUUCUGUGAUGCCCUGGUGCCCGAGACGAUAAAGUCUCCGCGCGAGAGUGAGAGGGAGCUGCCUCUGGACAUCGUCUCCUUCACCAUAGCGAUACAAGCGUGUGAUGAGGGCGGCAGGAUUCGGCCAAAUCUGCUUAGCUUCCACAGCAUUCUUGGCCCCGAGCUUGGAUGGCGGCGAAUGCUCGAUCUGCUCGGCUUGCUGCAGCUACAGAACCUAGAGCCAACCACAGUGACGUUCAAUGCGGCGCUGGCGGCCUGUGCACAGGAGGGUGGAUGGCACCAUGCCCAACUUCUCUUCCAGCGAGUCCGAGGAGGUGCGAAAGGAGUUCUGCCCGAUCCAAUCAGCUUCAACUCUGCGAUGAGGGCAUGCCAAUUGGACCGGUGGCGCUGGUCUUCGGAUCUUUUCUGGACCAUGCAGUUGACCGGGAAUUUGCCAGAUUGCAUCAGCCUGACGGCAAGCAUCAUGGCGAAAGGCAGAGGCAUGCAAUGGCUUCUAGCAGCACAGUGCCUUGAUGCCAAGCGGGGCCCCGCCAUCUUGCCGAAUGUGAUCACAUUCACUGCGGCGGUUGGUGCGUGCGGCGCUGCGGGCGCAUGGCUGGCAGCCCUGGCAAUGUUGAACACCAUGGCUCUGUCUACAGUUGAGCGGGAUGCCAUGUCGCAGAACUGGGAGACAAGCACAUGUGCAACAGCUAGCCAGUGGGCGUUGGCUUUGUCUCCGGAUGUCCGAAAGCUGAUUCCCAACGACUUCGGCUCUCUGUCAUUCACCCUGUCCGAACAUGGUCACCACUGGGAGCUGGCGCUGGAAAUGCUGUCAGGCAGUGGACAGCAGGCCUUGAAAUCCAGUGCUUUGGCAAUCAGCUCGGCGAUGACGGCUGCCACUUCCUGUGCUCGGUGGCAGCACUCUCUGGAGCUUUUCACAGCUUCCGGCCGAGGUGACAGAGACCUGGCCAUCCACAAUGCUGCCGCCACGGCUCUGGAGAAGGGCAGCAGAUGGUGCUCCGCGCUCGCCGGGCUGGGGAUCCUUCGUGCAUCGCGCUGGGCUCCCGACGAGGUAGGGCCAGCAAAUGUGGAAGAGAUUAAGGGGGCUGGGUUUUUUCGGUCCGCGAAGGUUUUUGUGGCUUCCGGACAAUACUGA